AUGAGUUGGGUGAUUUUCAGUUAUGUGACGUUUACCAAUCUAAAGUGCGGCACCAAGGAUAUACGUUUUAGCAGAUUUGAAAAAUGUUACAUCAAGGCUGUGAACCGUACCCAUAAGUACAUUGAUCUUCACGUAAAUCUGUAUCAAUUACCACUGGAUAAUUUAACGGUUAAGGUGAAGCUAAUGCGUUAUGAUCAUGGCUAUAAGCCAUUUUUCAUAGACAUUACCAUCGAUGGCUGUCGGUUUCUUAAAUAUCAAAGAAAUCCAGUUAUAAAACUGCUUUAUGCUACAUACAAGAACAAUUCUAACGUAAAUCACACGUGUCCCUUCAACCACGACUUAAUUGUGGAUCAUCUUUGGACUGGAAAUAUUGACAUGGAUUUUAUGAAACACAUCCCCAUAAUGAGUGGCGAUUAUGGUCUCUUUACCGAAUGGUAUUCUUAUAAUAUAGUUCGUGCUUUUGUAAAAAUUUACUUAAGAAUAACGGAAGGGCAAAUCUAA